UUAUAAUAUAUAUAUAUAUAAGACAAGUCUUUCAAAAGUUCCAGUGUUUAAAUAACUUCAUUACGGUGUUGCUAGUAACUAUGUCAACGCAGUUUCCUCAUUAUAUAGCUGUAAUAGUUCUUCUAUUAUUCAAAAUUCGUUUAAAUUAAUUAAAACAAUAAAAUCUUGGAAUGUAAGAUUGUUAUUACAAAUCUCUUUUGUUGUUGAAUUUUUUCGGUUGUAUUAUGUAUACUUUAUUAUCCUAUCUAAGUUUAAUCUUCAAUCGUAACACAAUUAUAACACAUACGCAUGAAAUAUCGCGCAUAUGUAUAUCGAUUAUGGAUUCAGAUGGUAAAGAGUUAAUAACUGUUGUACAAUGGGGAUGUAUCGGUAAUCGAAGCAUAGAAAAAUAUACUUUAAAAAACAAAGUAGGUCAAGAAGUAGAUAUUAUAACGUAUGGUGCGACGAUAACAUCUAUUAGAAUACCAGAUAAAUAUGGAAAUAUAGCAGACAUCGUCUUGGGCUUUGAUAGUAUAGAAGAAUAUAUGAUGCCUUAUAAUCCAUAUUUCGGUGCAACAAUAGGAAGAGUUGCGAAUCGUAUAAAAAAAGGAGAAUUUACUCUAAAGGGGAAAAAAUAUCAUUUAACUAAGAAUGAGGGCCAAAAUCAUCUUCAUGGUGGUACCAAGGGUUGGAAUUCAAAAAUAUGGCAUGCGGAUGUUCAAUAUAAUCAACUUGUAUUAUCUUUAUUAAGUGAAGAUGGUGAUGAAGGUUAUCCUGGUGAUACCAUAGCUUCAGUCAUUUUUCAAUUAACCAAAGAUGGAGAAUUAUGUAUCGAAAUGAAAGUCUUCGUUACCAAAGCUACACCUAUUAACUUAACUAAUCAUAGUUACUUCAAUUUAGCUGGCCAUACUGGUAACGCGUGUGAACUAUAUAAACAUCAAUUUACUAUAAAUGCGGACCACUGGACAGUCACCGAUGCCGAAAGUAUUCCCACUGGAGAAAUUCGUUCUGUCAAUGAUUCUGUAAUGGACUUGAGAAAUUCAACCAUACUUGGAGAUGUCAUUGACAAAGUACCAGGAGGUGGUUACGAUUAUAAUUUUUGUUUAACGAUGAACAAUACUGAAAAUGAAAAAAAUCUAGUUGCUACUGUUUUACAUCCGACUUCUGGCAGAUAUUUAAAGGUUUUUUCAAAUCAACCUGGAAUACAAUUUUAUACCGCUAAUUUUCUUCCUGAAUCUAAUAGUACAGGUAUUCGAGGAAAGAAUGGAAGCGAAUACUUUAAACAUGCUGCGUUUUGUUUAGAAACGCAAAAUUAUCCGAAUGCGAUUAAUCAUGAAAAUUUUCCUAAUAGUAUACUUGAACCUGGAAAAAUUUAUCAUCAUACUGUUGUAUACAAAUUUGGAAUAAUUGUUUAAAAAAAUAUAUCAAUUUUUCAUAAUUUUCUUAUUGAUGAAAUUAAUUAUUGUACUAAUUUUUAUUAAAUCAUAUUAAUAAAAUAUAAUAAUCAUAUAUUAAAAUUA